UUUUCCUCCAAUAUGUUACAGUUACAAAUUGUAGUUAAUUUGAAGAAUGUUGACAUUGUUGACAAAAACUCACAAAAAUGGCCUGAUCUCAACUAUAGCUCUUUUAAAAUGCUUCUCUCAAUGUAACAUCAGGACUGUUUCUGUAAUGAAGAAGCCAAUAAUUAUGAGGACGAAUGAUAUACCAAAGCAGAAAAUACUCAGUAGAUGUAGUCCUGGCUUUGUUUCAUGCUCCUGGUAUUCAUCAUUACCUGGGGGAGAUGAUGAUAGUUCCUCUGCUGGAGAUGACAUUUCAUCAAAUCCUGAUAAUGGAGAUGGUUCGGAUCAACCUGUAACUAUUUUUUCUGGAUCACCUCCCUCAGGUGCGCUAAGUACUACUACCAUUCCCGACCGAUUUCCCCAUGUGCCAUUACUGGCUGUGAACCGCAAUCCUGUUUUUCCACGUUUUAUAAAGAUGAUCGAAGUGAAAGAUGUACGACUUGUUGAAUUAAUUCGAAGGAAAGUCAACCUCUCCAUGCCCUAUGCUGGUGUGUUUGUUAAAAAAAAUGACAACAAUGAAAAUGAAGUUGUAGAGGACAUAUCUGAAGUUUAUGAUAUUGGAACUUUUGUGCAGAUACAUGAGAUGGUUGACAUGGGAGAUAAGCUACGAAUGAUAGUGAUGGGACACAGAAGAAUAAAACUCACUGGAGCGCUACUUUUAGAAAAUGAUGAGAACACAGAAAUCGAAAACUUAAAACAAUCUGAAUGGGUUGAGGUGGAGAAAACACCUACAACUUCUGAAGAAAUCCAUGCAAAAAUUCCCAAUGUUACAGAGUCUGCUGUACUGAUGGUUGAGACAGAGAAUGUCCAAGCGGCCGACGUUGAAAUAACCGAGGAAAUCAAAGCACUUACCGCUGAAGUGGUAAAGACGAUAAGAGAUAUCAUUGCUUUAAACCCUCUAUAUCGUGAAUCUGUAGCUCAAAUUAUACAGGCUGGGCAAAGGGUUGUUGACAAUCCUGUUUAUUUGAGUGAUAUGGGGGCUGCACUUAGUGGAGCAGAAACUUCCUGUUUACAAGAUGUUCUAGAAGAGAUGGAUAUUAGAGAAAGGCUUUACAAGUCGUUGUCAUUGUUAAAAAAAGAAUAUGAAGUUAGCAAGCUUCAGCAAAGACUGGGUCGGGAAGUUGAGGAAAAGGUAAAGACGACGCAUCGAAAGUACAUGCUGCAAGAACAACUAAAAAUAAUAAAAAAAGAGCUAGGCCUUGAGAAAGAUGACAAAGAUGCAAUUGAGGACAGGUUUCGUGGACGCUUAAAAGAUCUUGUAGUUCCAAGCCAUGUCAUGGAAGUCAUUGAAGAAGAAAUCAACAAAUUGGGGUUUUUAGACAAUCAUUCAUCAGAAUUCAAUGUUACAAGAAACUACCUUGACUGGUUGACAUCCCUGCCUUGGGGUAAGCCUAGUAAAGAUAAUAUGGUUCUCCAAAUAGCCUUGAAUAUUUUAGAAGAAGAUCACUAUGGAAUGGAUGAUGUUAAAAAACGUAUAUUAGAGUUUAUUGCCAUCAGUCAUUUACGAAAAAGCACACAGGGCAAAAUUCUCUGUUUUUACGGACCCCCUGGUGUUGGUAAAACUAGCAUUGCAAGAUCUAUAGCUCGUGCAUUGGGCCGUGAAUACUUCCGAUUUAGUGUUGGUGGUAUGACUGACAUAGCAGAAAUCAAAGGCCAUAGACGGACUUACGUAGGUGCGAUGCCUGGAAAGAUUAUACAAUGCCUUAAAAAGACAAAGACCGAAAAUCCGCUAAUUUUGAUUGAUGAAGUAGACAAGAUGGGCAGAGGAUAUCAAGGAGAUCCCUCUUCAGCUCUUUUGGAACUUCUUGAUCCAGAGCAAAAUCAAAAUUUUUUGGAUCACUAUCUAGAUGUUCCAAUAGAUUUGUCGAAAGUUCUUUUCAUAUGCACUGCAAACGACCCGAGUCCAAUUCCAGAGGCAUUGAGAGACCGAAUGGAAAUGAUAGAAGUUUCCGGUUAUGUUGCCCAAGAAAAACUAUCAAUUGCUAAAAAGUAUCUAGUACCUCAGACUGAAAAUAUGUGUGGUCUAAGCAAAGCAGAAACCCAAAUUGAAGAUACAGCGAUUGAAGCCAUUAUAAAAAAUUAUUGCAGAGAAAGCGGAGUGAGGAACUUGCUUAAGCACAUUGAGAAAAUUUAUCGAAAGGCUGCUUUGGAUAUUGUUAACAAGAAAGAGAAGCAAAUUAUUAUCAAACCUGAGAACCUUGAAGGCUACAUUGGAAAACCUUUAUUUACUUCCGAACGUAUGUAUGACAUCACACCUCCUGGAGUCAUCAUGGGUUUGGCAUGGACAUCGUUAGGUGGAUCAAGCUUAUUUGUAGAGUGUUGUGAAAAAAGGCCAAGAGAUCCACCCGCAGCGGAUGGAAAAGUUAGAGAUUCGUCUUUUGAGCUCACUGGCAGACUGGGAGAAGUCAUGAAAGAAUCUGCUCGUAUUGCCAUAACUUUUGCAGGAAAUUAUAUGCGAGAACGGGAACCGGGAAACCAAUUUUUUAAUGGAUGUCAUCUGCAUAUACAUGUGCCUGAAGGAGCCACUCCGAAAGAUGGUCCCAGUGCUGGAUGCACUAUAGUAAGUUCCCUGAUUUCUCUUGCUAAAGGUACUUCAGUGAAAAAUAAUGUUGCUAUGACUGGAGAAAUAUCACUGACAGGUAAGGUCUUGCCGGUCGGUGGUAUAAAAGAAAAAACAUUAGCUGCAAAGCGUGCCAGUGUCACAUGCUUGAUUCUCCCUUCAGAGAAUAAAAAAGACUAUACAGACCUUCCGAGUUUUAUUACAGAAGGAUUAAAUACACAUUUUGUCAGUCAUUAUAGUGAAAUUUAUGAUAUAUUAUUCCCUGUCGAAUAAAAUGUCGAAAUUUUUCCUACUCCAUUUUCCAACCAGACAAAUUAUGUGAUUGUGAUAAUUAUGUCAAAUAGUGCAAAUUAGAUUAGUCUAAUACCUUUCUGGGUUAUAAUUUGGCAUCCAUGAGAGAAUUUUGACACUUUCGUCUCACAGGUUUGUGAUAUUUUGUAACAAAAUAUCAUUUGAGACUGCAGUGACCGCAGCAUGAUAAGCUUCAUACAUCCUAGUCGAUGUAUUGAAGCGCUCAACGUUAAAACUGUUAUGGAAACUCUCGAAAAUAAGCAAUGAGGUCCAGUCUUCAAUAUACAUGUUCACGAUACUCGCCCAACUUUUAAAUAUUUUGAAUGAACUUACCAUUGAAUAAUCAGUCUUUCCAACUUCUGUGUAAUAUCUUCAGUUUAACUGGACGCCAACAAGUAUAAUUAUCUCAAACGCCAUAUACAUCUUACAAUAUAAGUACAUAAUUAAAGGUUUUGUAGUGCCAAGGUUUUCUGAUAGUACAUCUUAUCAAAAAGUACCAACCAUAUCUUUUCAUUUAUGGGGAUAAUCAGUUUAUCUCUUGCAAACUAAUUUAGAAAUGACAAACCAAAAAUUACAAUUUAUAAAAAAAAAUGAGUAUAAUUUUAAACCCUUCGGAGAUGCAACGGUAACGUCGGUAAACUAUCUUUUUGUCAAGUUUUUUAUUGAUUUUUGUUUGGCGGAUAUUUUUUUUCAUUUCCUGCAGAAA